UUGGUGCGCAUGUGCAUGCGCUCUCCUAUCAAAUGAAAACAAAGAGUGACUGACUUUCUCAUUUUCUUGUUGGACUUACUUGCAGCCUUACCUGUAUUUCAGUCCGUUGCUGAUCGCGAGAGUCUCGGUGGCUUUUAAAAAGACAACCGAGCAUAUAUGAGCAAUUAUUAGUAACAGACAGGGUCCCACUCCUUGCAUCAUGAGUUUUUCCAUGCGAGAGGAGCUCAGUUGUCCGAUCUGCCUUCAGCUCUACUUGGACCCCGUGGUUCUCCCCUGCGGCCACAACUACUGCCAGGUUUGCAUCAUGCAGACCAUCGACAACGCCGAUAAGACCCUGCAAUGUCCAGAAUGUCGCCUGCAGUUUCCGGGUGUUCAAUCCCUGCAGAAGAACUUCAAACUAAGUAGCAUCAUCAAGGGCUACAUAGCAUCCACAUCAACGUUGGACGCUAAAGUGGAGAACCAGCCGAAGACGGACGAGCUGUACGAGUAUCCCGUGGUCGCGGAGUCACAGACGAGGAAGGAGUGUGACAUCCACCAUUGUCCCUUGGUGUACUUUUGCUCCACCGACAUGGCCUUGCUGUGUUCCAAGUGUUUCAUGGAGGGCCUACACCACAACCAUGACCUUCUCACCUUCAGCGUUGCAGAGGGGGAGAUGAGACAUGCCCUCGAUGUCCGCAACAAGGUGGUUUCCAGCAGGCUAAAGAUGACUGACUUCCUGGUCGAGAAGGUGAAGGAGCAGCAGGGUCUUUCGGAAGCUGUUGGAGACAAAUUGGUUAAAAAGGCUGUCACAACGGUGGAAGUCAUGGCAAGGCUGGUCGAAGGGUACCGUGAGAGAUUGCAGCAGCUGCUGGACGAGGAGCAAAGCCAGCGUCGAAACACCUGGCAGGCAGGCGUGGGCGCGCUGGAGGAGCAACAGAAACUGCUCAUGGAUGCCCAGCAAAGUGCAACCGAGGCCCUCAACAUGACAGACUCAUGCAGCUUCAUAGACCGGUUUGUACUGAUCGAAGAGAAGGUAAGGAAGGCUGCCACAGUCUCACUUUCCUGCAACAUCCCGACGAAGGCUCCACUCAUCACCAAGCAAAUGCAGGAAGGCCUCAGGAGCGAGGCCUUCCGAGCCGAAAUCAGCCGCCUUGCCGAGUUUCUUUGCAUCCUCUUCAAUCCUCUCGAGCUCACCUUCAACUCGUGCACGGCCCACCCCAACUUGCAACUGAGCAGCGAUCUGCGCACGGUCAAGUACAGCGACACCAGGCAGACGCACGUCGAGCACCAGGAGCGCUUUACCAGUGCUCCGCAGGUCAUGUGCAACCAGGGCUUUUCCAGUGGCGAGCAUGUUUGGGUGGUGGAGAUGGGCCCCGAGAGCAUGUGGUCUCUGGGGGUGUGUUACAAGACCAUCCCGCGGCGCGGCGACCACAGCCGACUGGGUCACAACUCAGUGUCCUGGCGGCUCCAGUGGAAAAAUGGCAAACUGACAGUGUGCAAGUCUUCGUCAAACGUAGUCUUGCGCGAAAUGAAGCACCAGCCCGUGAAGAUUGAGGUGGCGCUGGACUAUGAGGGAGGCACAUUGAUGUUCCAUAACAUUAAAGGCCAAAGGGAGCAUCUCUACACUUUCAAGGUUGCUUUUAAAGAUACCGUUUACCCAGCGUUCAGUAUCCAGUCCAACACACCAGGCUCUUGGAUCACACUCCAGUGUGGCUUGUGAGCAUAUCUUCUUGUGUUUCAUAAGCUGAGUGUAAAUUUAUUUUAAUAGUGCCAAAAUCAGGGAUGGAAAACUUAUAUGUAGAAGAGGGACACAAUUUUUCACCAGGGCUACUGGGGGUGGGUUCACAUAAAACCACACAUUUAUGACAAACAUUCUUUUUUAAAUACGGACAAAAUAUGUGC